AUGAAACAGGAUCAAAGCCUAAUAGACGAGCACGUCAACGCCGUGGGCAGUCAAGCGAAACGACCCCACAACAAAUGGCCGCGCGACAAAAUGAAAGAUCCAAAGGAUACACAAGAAAGAAGAGUGUAAAGCGUAUGGUCAAACAUGUCUAGUGUGUUCGAAGCCAAAUCACUUUGCAUCUGUCUGUCGUCAGAAAAACAAGCCCACAGGAGAAAAAGGUCGCAAAGAGUACAACAAGUCACAGAGGAAACGGAUGAAUCCGAGGAGGAAGCGACCGAUAAUGAAGACUCGUUUUUUAAGAUAGAAGAAGACUCCAGCGUGAAAACACCAGGCAAGCAAUUUAACCCCAAGAUAAUCUUCUCAGACCUAAAAGAGUCAUACUUCACCAAGUUACGACGUCAGUUAAACAUCGGCGCCACGUACAAUGUGAUGGGCUCCGUGACUUAG